AUGAUCGGCUGGCUGGUCUACGAACAUCCAACCACCGCGCUCUUUUCUCGAGUCAUCAAACGAGCAGCUGCACUGCGCCAGAUCGCCGAGUACGUGAAGGAGAGCAAUUUAGUUACUUCCCAGGGUCUUCCUAAGACCGCAGCGAAGGGUCUACUCGCAAAGCAGUCGCAACAGGUUCCGCAAGCAGAGAACAGUUCUGUUGGCCACAGUAUAACUCCAGGUCUCAUGACUGCCGAGCGUGCUGCCGCAGCGCUUCAGGCCUCAGUAAUCUACCUACAAGCCUCAGUAAACGCGGUAUACGAUGUGAACAUGAGCGUGUUGCCGACUGGAUUUGAGUCGCAUCUUCGUAAACCUGGUCAAAACGUGCAAUUCCCGGGGUUGAAACAACGCUUGGAGAAGAAGCAAGGUCUAUUUCGCAUGCACAUGAUGGGCAAACGCGUCAAUUACGCCUGCCGCUCCGUCAUCAGUCCCGAUCCCAAUCUUCGGAUAUUCGAGGGUAGCUUGAUUAGCGCACGCAUGGGAUAUGGCUGGGCCUCAAAAUGGGAUCUUGUGCAAGCGAUUGAUGUACUCUCCCACUACGCAAGGAUUGAACGCCUUUUUACAAUUGCGCUUCACAAUACGACUCCUCAUGGGGAUGGGUUUUGUAAACGACCCUAUUUUCGAACGCAUCGAUAA